CGACCUACCCAAAAUUCAUUCCAUCCUGGUUUGGUCAGUUUUUCGGUCCAUAUAACCCUACUUAGCGCCUUCAAACUCCCGCCAACUCAAAAUCUCCCGUCCCAAUCACUGCUCCCACCUCCCUUCAUAUACUCCGCCAUUUCUUCCCCACAAUUUCUAACCAGAGCGCAAGAGCCCUGUUUUUUGAAACCCUGAAUCGUCGUCUGCCGGCGCAGCUCAAGGCACUCGGUAUUUAGAUCUGCUCGAUUGCUCGAACCUAGAAUGGAGUGCGGAAGGAACAUAUCGUUUUUCAAAGACAUUAAAUCUAGGGAGCUCAACGGAUUCAGAGUGAAAAAGAGACCUUUUGUAAGCAUUCAAUCCUCACUAUUCAGUGAAAUAGGAUCUGUUUCUGUUGAGCACGGAGGUCAGACAUCUCCUCCCAUGGCUAUCUCCUUCUGCAAGACAAGUAAUAAUUGCCAUAUAAUUGCUGUUUCGGAUGAGGGUGGUUACAUUAGCUUGUAUAAUACACGCUCAAAGUUUCUGUCUUCUUCCAAUUACCUGGAAAAUGCAGAAAGGGCUAAGAUUUCUGAAUGGGUUGCACAUGAAAAUGCUAUUUUUGACAUUUGUUGGAAUCAGGAAGAUAGUAAUAUAUUAACGGCUUCGGGCGAUCAAAGUAUAAAGGUAUGGGAUGCAAAUGAACAGAAAUGUGUAAGUGCAUUGAUGGGCCACACUGGAAGUGUGAAAUCUCUUUGUGUACAUCCUACAAAUCACAACAUUAUUGUAUCUGGAUCAAGAGAUGGGUCCUUUGCUCUAUGGGAUUUGAGGUGCUAUAAUAGCAGUUGCCAGAGACUUUGUAUACUGUAAGUAUUUUUUCUGCUAAGCAAGCAUGUUGAUUUACAAUUUCCAGAACUUAUAAUUUUCAAUAAUGCUUAACGCUCUCAAUUUAUGUUUUUUUUCCUUCUGUCAAAUGUAGUUGUAACUUGUGUUAUACUUCGUACUUGUUAUACCUUCACUUUUUAAGACAAGAACAUACUUCCACUUCUAAAUUUCUAACAUAAACAUAUGUCAUCACU